AUGGCCUACCUCAACUCCACACUCAAGCACAUUAUCUUUAUGAAACUGCUGGAAGGGGCAAAGGUACCAAAAGGAAAGGCUUAUUGGGUAGUAAAAGGACUAUACAGACUCAAGCAAUCAGGAAGGGAGUGGAACAUGGAGUUUGACAAGUUCCUGCGGUGCUCAAACUUCCAUAGACUUGAUUGCAUGCCAUGUAUUUACACCAGAGGAAAGGGGGACAACUUUGCAAUAGUGAUCAUCUAUGUUGAUGACACAUUGAUUAUAUCUCCAAAACUGACAAUGGUCGAACAUGUUAAAAAGGAGAUAGGCAAGAAGUGGAAGAUGGAGGACAGUGGUAAUGUAUCCCAUUUUCUCAGGAUCAAGAUCUCCAGGGAUCGCAAGGCAAAGACUAUGGAUCUCAUGCAAACCAGCUAUGUCAAACAGCUACUAAACAAGCAUCUAGAUAAAUGUAGAAGAAAAUCCAGCACACUGCUCCAGGAUAUCCCAGUACCAGAGAUGACAGCAAGCAUAGCUGAGCAAAAGGAAUAUCCACAAAUUGUUGGCAAACUCCUAUGGCUGUCAAAUGGAACAUGCCUGGAUAUCAGCCAAGCUGUGGGUGUCCUCACACGUUACAUGAUGCAACCAUUGAAGGAACAUUACAACACAGCACAGAGAGUGCUCCAAUACUUGGACAGCACUCAGGACAUUCACUUGCAAUAUGGUAGUGACAAGCAACAAGAUUUUCUGGUGGUGCAUAGCAAUGCAAAUUGGGCAAGUGACGCCACAGCACAAUGCAAGAGCUCGUCAGGGUCAGCAGUCUUCAUACAUGGAAACCUGGUAGCAUGGAAGUCGGCACUACAGCACUGCACUGCCCUAUCAGCAGUAGAAGCAGAAUUCAUGGCAGCAACUGAAGCUGCACGAGAAAUUCUCUUCUUUGGACACCUCUUCAGGGCUAUUGGGGUUGACAUUGGUACCCCCAUAAUUUUCUCAGAUAACACAGGCACCAUCCAGGUAAGCAAAGACCCUGCACAACAUUGGAAGUUGAAGCACAUCGACACCAAAUACCAUUUCAUAAGAGACAACAUACAAGAUGGAAAGGUCAAAAUCAAGUACAUAAGCACUGAAGAUAACUUAGUGGACAUCUUUACCAAACCAGUGGGCAAGGAGGCACUGCGAUGCACCUGA